GGCUCGCAUGAGUCAGCCCGAGAGGAUUCAUUGACGGGAUAUAUUGAAUUAUCAGAUGGCUCAGAAGGUUCUUCCACUGGGUCGGAUUUUUUGCAUCCCUACACUAUCCUGCGGCCAAUACUACCUUAUGUCAACCAUAUUAUAUCGCCAUCUGAAGCGUCCGCUUUGCUUGAUUAUUUUUUCAACGACCAUUGCCUCUCAAGUUUUGACACCCGCUCUCCCUAUAAUUUUGCAACCAUUUUUCGCAAAGGAUCAAUCCUGCGACGCAAAGAGCCUCGGCCAACUUCCCCGGCGCUGCUUGCAGCGAUAUUUUUCGUGGCCGCUCAGACCUGUGACGAGAAAGUCUUUCGCAAUCGAAACGGUUCCAGGGCCGAGAUAUGCGAUGAAUUACUGGAAAUCGCCAUCCAACUUCUUGGUAACGCAGCGCCCAAGUUAACUUCUUCAAGGCUUCAAAAUUCCUCCGAUUCAGUUCGGGUCAUUUCGAACUUGGGAUUUCUGGCCGCUACUGACUCCGAUACAGCCACCUGGCGCUCAGCCUCGAAGUCGUACCACAAAUGGAAUAGAGAUCACUUGAAUGGUAACGACGAUCUAGAUCAUGUUGUUGCUUGCAUUCUGUGUGCGGUAGUACUCUCAGGCAGUGAUUGCAAAAUUGACUGCUUAAUGUGGUUCGAGAAGGCCAGAAUGAUGGCCUUGGUCCUCGGACUGAACCGAGAGAAAGAUGACCAUCUUUCAGUAAAACAUGGUGCAACCAUGACUGAGCAGGAAUUGAUUGCACGUGAGGAGCGAAAGGAAGAGCGACGAAGAACGUGGUGGUUACUUUAUGCAAUGGAUCGACAUCUAUCUUUGUGUUACAACGUGCCGCUCCAACUCUUGGAUACCAAAUGUCAAAUUUAUCACCCCUUAGAGGACGAAAAGUGGCAAUAUCUGGAACACCACCUCAGUGAUGCUCAAUCUCCACAGCGUCCAUUUGGUCCUCCAACUACAAUUAGUGGACCCGGCUUCUUUGAGUUUUUCCUACCGUGCAUGGUGGUCCUUGGCGAUAUUGUGGAACUCCAUCAUCUUCGGCUCAACCCCCGAUAUGCCUCUUUCGAGUCUCAAUCUUUUGAAGAAGUUGUGAAGAGCGCUUUGCAACAGUUAGUACGAUCUAUGUCCUGUCUUCAUGCCAACAGCGAAGCCCUAGAGGUCGCAGAAGGUUCUCCAGGGCUACGCGACAAGCACCGAUAUUUCAAUAGAACGGAGGUAGCCACAGCUUACAGCACCUUCUUAGUCAAUGUGCUGGCUAUUUUAACCUAUGGCGAGUGGGACAUCAUUACCAUGUUGAAUCCGGAUUUUUCAAAGCGACAUGGAGCUCGUCUCGCCCAGCUCUGCCAUUACACAGGCCUUGCUUCUCAGGCGAUGGAAUUAAUUUUGGAGUGUGAUCCAGGACUGACGUUCAUGCCGUAUUUAAUGGGAAUUUACAUUCUUCAAGCUGGAUUUGCUGUUCUGACAGUUGCCGAGAGAACCGACAAGCCUGCAAGCAGUGCGAUUUGCACUGGUCUUGAAACAUUCAUUCGCGCACAUGAGUCAUGUAUUGCGACACUUGAUACAAAAUACCAGAGAAAUUUCCGCAAAGUUUUACGAGGCACAAUUAGUAGUCUGAAGGGUAUUGCCGUUGGAGACCUUGCGGAAUACCAAGCGCAGCGGCAGGACAUAUUGUCUCUGCACCGUUGGAAUGUUGAUGGAAAUGGCCUCCUCCUAAGUUAG